AUGGGAGGCAGCCAUGUCACAGUGCAGAUCGGUCAAUGCGGCAAUCAGCUCGGCGAGCAAUUCUUUUCGGCUUUAGGGAGCGAGGAGCACGUGCGUGAAGGCUCCUUGAGGACGAGAGAAGCUGACAGGACAGGAAGAGAAGCAGAUGUCGAGCUGUGUUGGUGGACGCUGAGCCUCGGGUUGUAUCCGAGGAGCUGGUUGUAUCCUGAACUCGAUGAAGCGAUCGUCAAGUCUUGGAACAAAGUUGGUUCAAGCGGGUCGGCAAACAACUGGGCGUACGGCUACAAGCAGCAGGGUCUUGGACAUGAUGACAACUGUAAAGGUGGUGAAUUGAAGCAGGAGACGCGAUGGGAGAAUGAAGUUGAAAACUGCGACUGUCUGGACUCUUUCUUCUUCCUGCAGAGCUUGGCUGGUGGGACUGGAUCAGGGUUGGGCUCCUUGUGCUCCGAGCUGCUGAGAGACGAGUACCCAGCUCGCUUCCAACUGCAUGCAGGUCAGCCGAGGCUUGCGGCUGAUGACUCUGAGGGCCUCCCAGUCGUCUGGCCAUACAGCAGCGGCGACGUGGUGGUCCAGGCGUACAACUCGACUCUCUCACUGUCACAUCUCCUCGACUCCUCGGACGGCAUCCUCUGCUUGCAUAACGACGAGGCGCAUGACAUCUGCUCGAAGCUCCUCGGAGUUCCUCGGCCAUCCCUCAGUCACCUCAACCAGGUCUUGGCAGAUCAGCUCGCGUCGCUGUUUUUUCCUGUCCGCUCAAGGCUCGCGAAGACAGAGCCUGAGCGUGCAAUCAAGGUCCCGCGUCUCGCCCCCAUGCUCGAGCUCAUCAUCGCACAGAUGCAGCUAACGGGCUGGCACAUGGACGAAGGGCUGGACUGGAGCAUGUCGCCCUCCUCGGGAUCGUACAACAGAGCCAUCGCGGCCAUGUUGCUUCUGCGAGGAGAAGGAUGGCAGGAGGCAGAGACGAAGCGGUUCAAGGACUGUCUUCAUGCCGGUUGGAGUGAACGGGGUGACAAUCUGCAGGUGCUCGGCAGCCCCCAGCAGUUCAAGGGGCUCGAGCGCAGCAGCUGCAUCCUCGCAAACUGCCAGUCCCAGGCCAAGCUGCUGGAUAAGCUGCUCGAGCGGACCGCGGCGCUGCGAACAGCACGAGCGUUCCUGCACCAGUACGAGAGGUACGGGACGAGCGAGGAAGACGUGGACGAGGCGAUGGCGGGGCUAGAGCAGCAGAGCACGCAGUCAAACAGCUUGUACUGGUUCUGGCUCGCGUCCUGCAGGUUCCACACCAGCGGCGAGCUGUACUCCAGGGGCUGGUGGGCGUGUCAGGAGAAGUAG